CAAGAAGCUGGAAUUAAGAUAACGCAAGGGGCCUCUCUACUGGCUGGACAAAACUACUGGGAAGGAAAAGCCAUUGUCGAUCGAUUUCCUGCCUUCAUCUGGCAGACGGGACCCAUUGCCCCUGAGUGGGAACCUCUCUAACCCCCCCUCCUCCCCUUCCCUACCCGUCCUUCUGUCCCCAGCUGUCACUUGAACCCCCUUCUCCCUACUUUUUUUCCACACCUCCCCAAAUACAAUCCACCCUCCUCCUAGCCUCCAUGGCAGGGCGCCCAGUGAGGCCGAACGGCCAAUCUCCAAAUAGCAAGGUGUGCCAAUUUAAACUGGUUUUACUGGGGGAGUCUGCAGUGGGAAAGUCCAGCUUGGUGCUGCGGUUUGUCAAAGGACAGUUCCAGGAGUUCCAGGAAAGCACUAUUGGAGCUGCGUUUUUGACACAGACAGUCAGUCUUGAGGACACCACAGUGAAGUUUGAGAUUUGGGACACAGCGGGACAAGAGCGUUACCACAGCCUGGCGCCCAUGUACUACAGAGGAGCUCAGGCAGCUAUAGUAGUGUAUAACAUUACUAACACGGAAACCUUCUUCAGAGCCAAGACUUGGGUGAGUGAGUUACAGAGACAGGCCAGCCCCAACAUAGUGAUAGCCCUGGCCGGGAACAAGGCUGAUCUGUCUGCCAACAGAGCUGUGGAGUAUGAGGAAGCACAGGCGUAUGCCGACGACAACAGCCUGCUCUUUAUGGAGACGUCAGCCAAAACGGCCAUGAACGUCAACGACCUGUUCUUGGCCAUAGCUAAGAAGCUGCCCAAGACAGAGCCACAGACAGGAGGGCCAGCAAGUGCUCCAGGGAGAGGAGGGAGAUCAGGAGUAGACCUGAGCCAACCUCCUCCUGCCACCAAAAGCCAGUGCUGUGGGAACUGAGGGAACUGAUGAGAGAGAGAGAAAUAGA